AUGCUUAACAGCGGUAACACACAAGAUAAACACUCAGGAUCAUCGGCCAGUCAAACACAAAAUGCGCAGAACCCAACCCCCCUCGGGUUUCAAGAUCAGGAAAAAGAACAGUUGGACUUUCUUGCAGAAAUGCUUCUGAUGGCUCGUGACUUGGGCAAGCCCGUCAUACUACACUGCCGAGACAAUGGCACGGGUGAAGCAGCAGUGCACACACUCGCUACCACACACAUGAUGGAUAUGUUGGAUCGUGUCUUUCAUAGACACUGCUUCAUUGGCGAGUUAGAGGAGCUGCGGCAGUGGCAAAGGGAAUUGACCCAUGUCAAGUUUGGGUUCACAAUGAAAUCCGUGCAGGACCCGAGGAUGGUAGCGUUAAUACCACCGGGGCAGCUUUUGCUUGAGACAGAUGCCCCCUAUCUUCCUCCUGCUCCUGGAUGCCGCCUCAAUCAUCCUUGGAAUAUUCUCUCCUUGGCCAAAGAAGUAUCCUUUAUAAGGAAUAUGCCGGCAUCCCUUCUGUUGAAGAUAGCCAACGCUAAUGCCAUGGAGAUCUAUGUUCAUCGAGCCCACUAA